AUGUCCCAAGCUCAUCCACCGAGUCAAAAGCUGUAUGAACAGGCACCGGUACAGUCCCCCGCCCAGGCCGAAGCGACCUAUGGAGCCAUCGAUAUGAUCACGGUUCCUCCCUUUUUCUCGUUGGACUGGAAUGACUUUGAUGAGUGGCUCAACUUUGGUUUCGACGAUGACUACAUGGGGCUAUCCGCGAAAUCCAUCAGCGAUCCUGCAGCAUCCGCCACAGCCGCCAUCGCCGGGCUCUAUGUUAACAUUCAGGAACCAGAUAUAGAUAAAGAUGCCAUCGACCCGAGGCAGUACUUUCCAGCGUCUAUUGAACUGGACGCUCAGUUGGUGUUUCCGGACAUGACUACUAUCGCCAGCGAGGAUAUCGAGAAGGAAAAUUUGGCCCUUGUCGAGCAGGUUCCGGACGAUGUCCCUCGGAAGGUGUUCGAGAUGGCUACCGUAUUGCAAACCAAAUCCAACUAUCCCAAGUUUAUCGAGUUGCGUAUCCCGCCUGCUCGCGUUCUCAACGCCUGGGUCCAGCUCUACUUUGAGCAUUUCCACCCUAUUUUUCCGAUCCUGCAUAAACCAACCUUUUCCCCUGCGACGAUGAAUCCAUUCCUUGUUCUUACCGUUGCGGCCAUCGGCGCGCACUUCUCAGAUUUAGAGGGCUCGCAGGCCUGUCAGAGGGCUAUGCAUGAGCUGAUCCGACGAUAUACAUCGUACACAUGUGAACAAUGUAAUCGCACCAGUCGUGAGCUUUGGAUCACGCAAACCAUUCUUCUCAAUCAACUCGGCCUGAUGUACUCAGGCAAUCGAAGGGCCCUUGAACUUGCCGAAUUAGUCCAGGCUGUCCCGGUUACUCUUGCAAGACGAAAGAGGCUUCUUUCAAACAUCCUCCCUCGUGCACGAAUAUCCGCGUUGCAACUCCCGCUCGGUCAAGAAUGGCAGGUCUCAACAUAUGACGAGGAACGUCGAAGGGCAGGGUUCGCCACUUGGCUGAUUGAUUUCGGGUGGAAAUAUAGCUUUGGGCUCAACCAUGUUAUGAGGGCGGACGAGCUGCAGAAUUGCCUUCCGCAGUUGGAAAAUUGCUGGGAUGCAGCCGGCGCUCAGCAAUGGGCUCAAAUAAUGGAAGCCAGGAACCUUUCCACGACACCGUCCCUACCUCAAACCAUUGCGAACCAAAACUGGAUAUGGGCAUGGUCACAGACGGGAACGCUUGGAAAGCAGACUAUCCUGCACUAUCUAACAAGCAUUGUCAUGAAGGACGACGCGGAUAGCUCCUCUCAGGGUUGUUCGUCUGACCAGAGACUCGCAGCGGCGGGAACACUUAAGAGUCUCCUUGGAGAAGAACUAGGCCAGGGCCAUACAAAGGCAGCUGUUCUCCACCGCGUGCUGAUUUGCUCCGGCCUGAUGAUCCAUUACAGUCCAACCCUGCGAGUAAAAUCUCUCUGCUUGAGAGUCAUAUACCGGAGAAUGGACGAUACGUCGUGGGAUAUUCUAUCGAGUCAAUGGGCGCAAUCACCAUUUCAAGGGCGUCUGGCGGUGUUAUAUGGUGCUCAUGUCUUUGAAACCAUCCGCUCAAAUCGCUGCGGGCAUUUCUUGAUUCCGGCCUCUUUACUCAGAGCCGUACUUGUUCUGUGGAAUGUUUGGAAACGGCGGGUACUGAAAGGUGGAUUGCGAAUGGAUCUGGCUGCGUUGAGCUUCCAGGAAUUGGAAAUCUACUUUGUCACGGGGGGCCGCGUAGGUUGUUGGAUGAGUCAAUUGUGGUGA